GGAGUGUUGUUGCAUGGUUCCCGCGGCGAAGACAAGGCCACCGCCAGCCUCCCGAAUUUUCUUUAAUUUAACCACCAACUCGAGUCUCUCAGCCGUUUAAGAUGAACCAAAAGCAGAGCAGGAAAGGAAAAAGCGAGAAGACAAAGGAGCGACGUGCAGCUCUCAAAGCCGAGAGAGCUAAGUUGGCAGCUGGGCGGUUCUUGGUGAAGCAGGCUAAUGGCAUACCUGAUCCUUUAGCAAAAUUUCCAACAUUUCAAAAAUUUGAGCGAAAUGGACUGAGUUGCACUUUAUCUUGCAAGAGAGUAAGAGACCUGGCUCCAGAGACACUGGAAUGGGCUAUUGAGCUCUGUUCAAGAAACAUGAAAGCAAUGUAUGAAAAAAGCAGUGCAGGCUGGCACGCGUGGGAGAAGAGAGAGGAGAUGAGCGAGGAUGCUGCCUGGUAUCUCAUUGCCUACGACACAAACACACAGAAGCCCAUCGCUUUCUCACACUUCCGGUUUGACAUGGAUUAUGGAGAUGAAGUUUUAUAUUGCUAUGAAUUGCAGCUCGAGAAGGACUACCAAAAGAAAGGACUGGGGAAGUUCAUGAUGCAGGUUCUGGAGCUUAUGGCCUUCUCCAACCAGAUGAUGAAAGUUGUGUUGACUGUUUUUAAGCACAACCCAGAUGCAAUGGCUUUCUAUGAAAAGUGCAAAUAUGAGGUUGACGAGACUUCUCCAGAAGAUAACUUUGAGGAAACCUUCGACUACAGUAUCCUAAGUAAAAUGAACAAAAUGAAGCCAACACAGAAGACCUCUCUUUGAACUUGACUUAAACUUAGAUCUGAUUUUUUGUUAACCUAAUAAGGGCAUUAAAGAGACUUCAGAAAAAUUGUAGUCUUUUAUCGUCCAUGAAUAUGGACAUCUUUUUAGGAAGUAAUAGCAAAAAUUGUAUUACACAUUCCACAUCCAAUCCACCGUUUAAAGAGUGCAAGAAAUGUUAAUUUUUUCUUACAUUAAUGAAAUUUUUAGUAAAAUUUUAAAAUCUUUGUUUUCCUUUAUAUAGGCUAUCAGUUUUUUCCUCUCUCUCUCUCUCUCUCUCUCUCUCUCUCUCUCUCUCUCUCUCUCUCUCUCUCUCUCUCUCUCUCCCUCCCUCCCUCCCUCCCUCCCUCCCUCCCUCCCUCCCCCCCUCCCCCCCUGUCCUCCCUCUCUCACCCCCUUUUCCUUUUAAGUUUUCAUAUGUGCUUAUGUAAUCCAAAGGUAAUCAAAGAAAUACAGUAUUCUGUGUUGUAAAACUUGAAUUUUCUUAAACAUUUUCAUAUUUUAAAGUAUUUUCAUAAUGCAUUAAGGAAAGAUAAAGAAAUGUACAAUAUAAAUUUU